AUGUCUGCAAAAACCAUCAAGGUUGCCGCCGUUCAGGCUGAGCCCGAAUGGAACGACCUCGAAGCCGGCGUCACCAAGACAAUCGCCUAUAUCGAAGACGCUGCAUCCAACGGAGCGAACGUCUUGGGAUUUCCCGAGGUCUUUAUUCCUGGCUAUCCAUGGAGCAUCUGGGCGAAUUCCCCAGUCGAAAACGCUGCCUUCAUGGACGAGUAUUUCCGCAACUCUCUCGAAAGAGAAUCUGAGCAGAUGGAUCGAAUUCGCGCCGCCGUGAGAGACGCCGGCAUAUUUGUUGUCCUCGGAUACAGCGAGCGCUACAGAGGAACACUCUACAUCGCGCAGUCUUUCAUCGACCCAACAGGAACUAUCGUGCACCACCGCCGAAAGAUCAAGCCCACGCACGUAGAGCGAGCCUACUGGGGAGACGGCCAAGCAGACUCCCUAAAGACAGUCGUCGCCUCGCCAUUCGGCAACAUCGGCGGCCUGAACUGCUGGGAACACACCCAGACCCUGCUCCGGUACUAUGAAUACUCGCAGGACGUCGACAUUCACGUCGCAAGCUGGCCGCUCAUCUGGGACAUGCCUCCAGGCCAACCCUGGACCUACCAGAUAACACCGGGCCUAAACUCGACCCUUUCCCAGACCAUGGCUUUUGAAGGAGCCUGCUUUGUCCUGGUAUGCACGCAGGUGCUGACGGAGAAGAAUCGCCAGAAAUGUCGUCUGGAGAACUUUUCCUAUGCCACGACACCGAGUGGUGGCUUCUCGAUGAUUUAUGGGCCCGAGGGGACGCCUCUGGUUGAGGCGCCGGCACCUGGGGAGGAGGUUAUUCUGUAUGCUGAAAUUAAUCUGCAUGAUAAGGCAGUGGCGAAGCAUAACCUGGAUCUUGUGGGACAUUAUUCUCGACCGGAUCUGCUCAGCCUUCGCGUCACUACGGAUGUGGGAAAGCCAGUCCAUUUCAAGGAAUAG